UGUGUCUAGUUUCACGCACUGUGUACAACAAUGUAUUUACAGCGUCACUCGGUAGUAUUCAUAGCACUCGCGCCACUCAUGCGUUCCUGCAGCAGUGAGAUCCAUCCCAGCGGAGAAAACCACUCACCGGACAUCAACAUCACCCUACCAUACUUCGAGUGGGCUACCAUUUUCCCCUAACUUGGCAUUUAUUUUCCUUUGUUUCCUUGCCAACAGUCCCGAGCAGCUGUGUUCUACUGCUCGCAUACACUCUUGCACAAAAACAAACCCACCAACCAAUAAAAAAAUACCUCAAAUGCUCUAACACUCUCGCUCUACUUUGCUCUCCAUUUUGCCCUCGCACUUGGAAGGGAAAAGCGGGAAAAGCCAGCCCUUUAGAGAGCGAACGGCGCCAACCCACACGCGAAAAUCUCACCACGUUGCUCACCAAGUGCGCACACAGGCUGGAUCCACACACUAGCAUGGAGCUUACGGCUCGGGCCAGGUUAGACUCGUGACAGCUUCCGACCGAAACGGUGGUGGUUUGCACUGCUCGCCAUCGCUGUUAGGUUUUUCCGGUGUACUUGUGUAGUGGUGGGCAGAAUUAUACAGUGCACAAUCGUUCUGCCAUCCUUACCUAGUGGCGUCGUGGCCGUGUGUGUAGUUGUGAGUGUGUGUGUGUUUAAUGUGAGCAUUUAGCCCGUGGCAGACGCUUGCUGAACGACGGCCCUUUGCUCGGAUGAACGAGGUAAUACCGCGGCGGUUUUGGGCUGGUAAGCCACUGGCAAGCCAGCUGGCGUGUGCGAGGGGGGGUGCGUGUCUAGGCGCCGAUCCGAGGACGAGGUCAACCGUGCCGAAAUCCAUUGAUCCCCGGGCAAAGCCGUGUCGCGCAUAGUGUGCAAACCGAUCGCCCGUCGGGGCACGUGUGCUUAGGUUGUGUGUGGCUUUAGGUGUUUGUCUGUAGCAAAAAGGAGCCAACCUACGGUGGAAAAGUGAUAGUGUACACUUGUAACUUGGUGUGUUUGUGAUACAGUUCCCGGUCGGUUAAGCGUUUGCAAAUUGGAUGUGGCUGAAAAUUAAAGUGAUGGUUUAGCUUGCGGCGUGUGGUGUCGUUGUCGCCGUCAUUGUAGUGGCUGCAUGAUGAAACCGAAAGGCGAACCGAAGCUAACCGGGCUGAAAGGAAAGUGAUUUUCUGUGUACUUGAAAGCACCAAGCGGAAGCACAUCCUGUGUGCGUUCGAAGAACAAGAAGAAGCACCCAAAAUCGGAUCAACAUUAGGCGCCAUAAUCAUCACCGCUUCGCUAGCGGGGAUUUUCCUCGACAUCUUAAUUGGCGCUAAAAUACUAUUUGAUUGCGCCCAUCGUUCGACGUCCUCGUCGUGUGUCCGUGUUCGCUCUCAGUGUGAAAACGGAGCCGUAGAUGGUUAACAUUUUUGUCGAUGCUCAAGUUAACGGUGUGCGUUUUUGUGCGUGGUGUAAUAGUAGCUUAAGGUGAAAGUGUCACACGUGUAAUGUGAACAAUUAAACGACGAUUUAGAGUGUGUGCGUGCGAUAUGGUACAUGGAGAGGUUCUGGCAUCCGCACUGGCGGAUGUAAUAGUAACCGUCCGGCCUGGUAUUUAGGCAAGCAGUAAAGCAGCACAUUUCACUCCCGUACCGCUCCAGCGGUAACCUCAGGAAGACAACGCCGAGUACGCUUGCUAUAGAGCCAUGGAAUCGACAGAGACACGCGAUUGGCCGCAGAAGAACGGCAACAACAAUAUUGAUGGUCAUGGUGUUCAAUCGACGUCCGUCCCGUCCUCCGCGGUAGAUUCGUCCGACCCAGCUGAACAGCCGCUCAACAAUAAUGGCGACCGCAACGACAAUGGCACUGGUUGCUGUACCGUUCCGAAGCUGGGCUCGCCGUGUCCAUCGAGUCCGGCCGAAAAUGGCGAGAGUGCUAAUUGCACCCUAAUGCGCAGCAAUUCCCGUCCCUCGACGGACGAUGGCAAUCUGCUGUCGCCAAAUACGUCCCGGUCCAGCAUGUCCCAGUCCCAAUCGCCCACCCACCAUCAUCUGUCGCCGUCCCACCGGUCAGCGCCGGCCGACUCGCUCUGCUCGCUCGAGGAACUGGACGAGGUCGGUGCGUUUUUUGAGGAGCAUUCGGCCGCCAUUGAACGUUGGUUCCGUGAGCGGGCACCGAACGACGUCGUUGCCAAGCUGCAGUCAAUUACCGCCGGAGACACGUCCAAGUCACCAAAAUCGCCGCACCGCGCGUCGGUUACCUCGGACCUGUUCCAGCAAUGGCUAGCAUCGUCGCCGGUAAAGAAAUGCCGUUCGCCGACCUCCCGGAGCUCCAUCUCCAACCGCAGCCAUCUGGCCGACCUGGACGAGGGCGAACUGUUCAUGGAGCUGAUACGGGACGUGGCCAACGAGCUCGACAUCGACGUGCUGUGUCACAAGAUACUGGUCAACGUGGGCCUCCUGACGCAUGCCGACCGUGGUUCGCUGUUCCUGGUGAACGGACCGCCCUCGGGGAAGUAUCUGGUCGCCAAGCUGUUCGACGUAACGCAAAACACUCCACUAGACGAAGCCGUCCGGCGCGCCAAGCAGGACGAAAUCAUCAUUCCGUUCGGCGUUGGCAUUGCCGGUACCGUCGCACAAACGAACGAAACCAUCAACAUCAAGGAAGCGUACAAGGAUCCGCGCUUCAACAGCGAAAUCGACCAAAAGACCGGCUACAAAACGAACAUCAUCCUGUCCAUGCCGAUCUGCAACUAUGAGGGGCAGGUGAUUGGGGUGGCGCAGAUCAUUAACAAAACCAACGGAUCGCCCGAGUUUACCGAACGGGACGUGGAGAUAUUCCGUCGCUAUCUUACGUUCUGUGGCAUUGGCAUCCAGAAUGCACAGCUGUUUGAAAUGUCCGUCCAGGAGUACCGGCGCAAUCAGAUAUUGCUCAAUCUGGCCCGCAGCAUCUUCUCGGAGCAGAACAACCUGGAGUGCUUGGUGACGAAGAUUAUGACCGAGGCCCGCGAACUGCUCAAGUGCGAAAGGUGUGCCGUGUUUCUGCUCGAUCUCGACUGCGGCGAAGCGUGUGCAUGUUUAGAUGACGACUGCAAUCGAAACACGUUGAAGAACCAUCUCGAGCGGAUAUUGGAACGGCCGGAGAGAACUCAUCAAACCGUUUCGCGCCGCACCAGCCACAACGUGGACGUGGAGGAUGUGCUCCAGCAGCAGAACACGAUCUCGACCCGGUUCACGAUGAUAUUCGAGCUGGGCAGCAGUCAUCAAUCAUCGGCCAAUAUACUGCGACCGUCCGUGAGCGACCUGAACAGCUCCAUGCUGGCCCAGAUAGCGGAGUAUGUGGCUGCGACGGGCGAAACGCUCAACAUUAGCGACGUGCUCGAGUGGCUAAAGGAUAAGUCGAUCUGCCAGCGGCAAACGGUUGUACAGCAGGCCCCGGCAGCGGACGGUACGGUCGCUACGACCGACAGCUUCGACGAGACGCACAGUGUUAAAUCGAUACUGUGCAUGCCGAUCAUCAACGGUCAGAAGACGGUCAUCGGUGUCGCUCAACUAAUUAAUAAGCAAAAUGAUCUACAAUUUACCAACUGUGAUAUCUCCAUCUUCGAGGCGUUCGCCAUCUUCUGCGGGCUCGGCAUCCACAAUACGCAGAUGUACGAGAGUGCCUGCAAGCUGAUGGCCAAGCAGAAGGUCGCCCUCGAGUGUUUGUCGUACCAUGCAACCGCUAGUCAGGAUCAGACGCUGAAGCUGGUCAACGAUACCAUCCAAUCGGCCGAGGAGUACAAGCUGUAUAGUUUUAAGUUCAUCGACUUCGAUCUCGACGACGAUGACACAUGCCGGGCAGCGGUGCGGAUGUUUCUGCAAUGCAAUCUGGUUCAGCAAUUUCACAUUCCCUACGACGUCCUGUGCCGCUGGAUACUGAGCGUGCGGAAGAACUACCGUCCAGUGAAGUAUCACAACUGGCGCCACGCACUGAACGUGGCCCAGACCAUGUUUGCGAUGAUGAAAACCGGCAAGAUGGAACGCUUCAUGACGGAUCUGGAAAUUCUCGGCCUGCUCGUCGCCUGCCUCUGCCACGAUCUCGACCACCGGGGCACGAACAACGCAUUUCAAUCGAAAACCGACAGUCCGCUGGCCAUCCUGUACACGACCAGCACGAUGGAGCAUCACCAUUUCGAUCAGUGCGUCAUGAUACUAAAUUCCGAGGGUAACAACAUUUUCCAGGCACUGUCCCCGGAAGACUUUCGCACGGUGAUGAAAGUCGUCGAGACGGCCAUCCUGUCGACGGAUUUGGCGAUGUACUUCAAGAAGCGCAACCAGUUCCUGGAGCUGAUCGAGAACGGCGAGUUCGACUGGCAGAGCGAGGAGAAAAAAGAAAUCCUGUGCGGCAUGAUGAUGACGGCAUGCGAUGUGAGCGCCAUUGCGAAACCGUGGGAGGUUCAGCACCGGGUGGCCAAAUUAGUGGCGGACGAGUUUUUCGACCAAGGCGAUCUGGAGAAGCUACAGCUCAAUCAGCAACCCGUGGCGAUGAUGGAUCGCGAGCGCAAGGACGAGCUGCCCAAGAUGCAGGUCGGAUUCAUUGACGUCAUCUGUCUGCCGCUGUACAAGGUGCUGACGGAAGCGUUCCCCUGGAUCAGCCCACUGUACGAGGGUACGAUGGACAACCGACAACACUGGCACGAUCUGGCCGAGAAGGUGGAGAUGGGGCUGACCUGGAUCGAUCACGACACGAUCGACAAACCGGUGGAGGAGUUUGCCGCUGGCAAGGAACCGUUGGCCGACAUCGAGUUCACGGUAACGACGCUCAACUGUGCCCACCCGGAAGACAAAACCGAAACGACGCCCGUGCACGAGCGGAAGCCACGCUUCAGCAGCCUGCGCAAGACGGGUGCGCUUGGGAAGGCCGUCCGCAACAAGCUCUCCAAAUCGGUGCACCACAAUGCGCCGGCCACCGGUAGCGAGCGACCAUCGUCGAUUGUUUCCCAGCCCGGCAGUACCAAGAGCGGCACGGACGACGGCAUGCCAACACCGGUCGGUGGCGAUCACCCUGUGGUGGCGGCUGGACUGGAGACUAAGGAUCACGGCACCGAUCAGCACCACGAACAAGCGAUGUCGCACUCAGUCCCGGUGACACCGGGCAGCGGGAUGCCUCCGACACCGGUGCAGGACGGACCGGCGACACAGCCACCAAAGCAUCCCACCAAGCCGGUCAAGAAGCGCUCCAAGCUGUGCAUGCUGUUGUGACCCAAGUUUUACACCGACUCGUCGGAUGAUGCCGGCAGUGGCAGUGGAUCAGCCACCGACAGGGAGAACGCCGUCUAGAGCGUAUGUGUGUUUGUGUGUGUGAGAGAGCCGCAACGGUGAAGACGUAAGCCAUUUAGCUCAGACGCCGUCCUCCCGGACUUGACCGUAUUGUAGCGUUGUUUUUCGUGUUGUAGCGAAGAAAAAAAAACACAUUCCGUAAACCAGCGGAACAGUCAUGGGAAUCUGGAAAGGGGAAGCGACUGGAGAGGAGGUAAAACGAAUAAUCGGAUCGCUUUUUGGUCACGCUGUUUUAGCAUACACGAUACAAAUUUUCGAACAACCCUGUUGAUGCGGGGCUGUUUGGACACAAGGCUGUUAGUUCAAUGUUGGUUCUUAGUCCUAGUUUUUCCUAGUGUGAAAUUUGUAAUAGUUACGCUGUAGUUAUAAAUAUGCUCAAAAGAAAAUCCCAAAGAGUGUAAGGGCGGUGGACAUGUCUGGGAGUGGUUUGCAAAGGAAGGACAAGGAGAGCUUCCCCAGCCGGCCCAACCGGAUAGGAUACAUCUAAUGGUCAAUUUAGGAAACUUACCAUACAUAACACCACCAGGCAACGGUAGGACAGUAAAUUUGUUCCUGUCCUUACUUGUUAUGCAAAUGAGAAUAGGAAAGAGAAUGUGACGUGAAAAAAUUGAAGAAAAAAAAAAAACAUUCACACAACCCAACCUCCCACAGAAACCAAUUGGUGUUAGUAUCCGUGUGUGAGUGUCUGUUGCACUGUGUUGCAUGUUGAAUCCCGGGUCAGAGAAUGCAAAAACAAUCCCCCUCCUCCCUCUUCCCCAUCUGAAACAAACAUACAAAUGAACCGAGCCAGCGGUUUUCGGUCUGACAGGUUCUGGUGGCAGAACGAAAGUCCUAGUCAUUAGUGGUCGUUUCUAGCAUGCCAUGAUUUCGUAGAUAUUAAGCACUCAGUAUAAGUGUGUUUGAGAGAGAGAAAGAAAGAGAGAGAAUGAUAAGUACAGAAAGAGAGAUAGAGAGAAAAAGCUUACCACAUCCUUGGUGUACCGAAUUUUUGUCGGUGUAUUAGUGAUUGUGGUUGCUGUGGCAACACGAAUGUGACUGUGGUUCCCUUUUUCCCUGCAGCUUCUCUACCGGUUGUUGUGGGUUUCUGUGUGAAAAUUGAGACAGAGAGAGAGAGAGAGAGAGAUCGUUUUGCGUUGUUAUUCGUUAAGCUACAACAGACCAUAGCAGAUAGAUGUUAGAGUACAUUGAAACCAAAGCAAAAGUCGGUGUAGUUUGCUGUGAGCUGCGAAAGAGACAAACUCCAAAAAGGGUAGAACAAAACAUUGUCCAUACAAAGCACUGGACGGGAAUGUGUACCACUGCAAAGGUGGAAAACCGUCGCAGGACCAGACCGGCAAGUGAUGGUGCGAUUAUCGCUGGUUUGUAAGCUGGAAAAGCUCGUUGCAUGGAAUCGUUACGCUGAUGAACGCUUGCCGAUAAGAAUGUGAUGCGGGGAGACGGGCAGCGUAGCGGCGCCCCGUGCAGCCAACAAUCGUCCUUUAAUGCAGUCCCACCUAGUGGAAUGACACUAGCUCUUGUUUCCCCUAGCAAUACUACUAGCUCCGCACAUCGCGCUUUAUGCACUGGUGCUAUUGUUUUGUUUGCAGUUGUUGCGCUUUCUCGUCGUAAGGUUGAAAGCAUUUUACGCUAAGAGAGGAACGAAAGGACGAACCAGCAAGGUGGUUGGUGACGCUUUUGUUAGUAUUUCUUAGUUUACCAUUUUACUUUUCUCGUUUUUGUUCGCAUUGUUCGGAUGAUCUGUUGUACAUUUCAGGUUUAAAUGCUUGGUUGUGCUCUUUUAGGCGAGUGCUACUGAUUUUAGUAGAGCUUUUUUGAACGCAUUGUGCUAGUAGUUGGGUUUUCUACACCCGAAACAAUUCAAUCCAUUGUGUGGGAGAUAUGAAUGUGAAGUUUGGAGCAUGACUGUUAAGAAGAACAAGGUUAAAGUGUACGUUAAAUGGUGAAUCCAAAGCAUCUAUUGUUCUUUGUCGCUUGAUCGCUCCUGCAAAUUAUAAAACAAUCCACCAUGUAUCGUUGCGACUGAAAUUUGGAGACGUUUUGAAGCAAUUGUAUAGUUGAUCUAGGAUCUUCUUAGUAAAAAAAAAUACAGACAUGCCGGAAGCAUCAAACAUGUUAGUAGCAAGAAAAUAAAAAAAAAAACAUGUUGCUACCCUCCCAAAGAUGGUUUGUUAGAAAGUUUUUCAGCUGGCUUAGCAGAUGAUGGUGCUGAUAGAAAAAUCAAUCUAAACCGUAUGAAACGGCAUGCUAAACAAAUCAGUAAUUAUUAAAUGCGCGGAAAAUAGUACACUUUGCAUGUUCCAGUAAUAAUUAGCUGCUAAAAGAACAAAAACAAAACAAAAAAACAAAUACCGUGUCUUUGAUGGUUAGAAACAUUUUUGUGAUUAUAUAUCGAUAUACUUUUUUGUGAUGCAGCAAACUUCAGUCCAUGCAUGGAGACAAGAGCGUACGAAAGGGUACGGAACACUCCUAUCGGCGAAAGGCAAGAGCAAUGCAGCGAAAGAGAGAAGAAAAAAUAUUGUAAGCACUGAAUAAUA